CGCCACGCCAUAAAGGACAACGAAACAUAGUGCAGGUGCAUUUGCAACCCGAAACCAAAAUAUGAACCUGCUUUCCAAUUACGAGCAGAUCUCAUGGCAUGGCAACCAGUGACACCACCAGCAACUGGAGCUACAAGAACAAGGACAGGAGUAACAACAAUAACAAUGCAUCGAAGCAAAAGCCAAAACUCCCUUUCUAUCCGGCAUUCUGCUUCAGGGCGUCGCCGACGCACUUUGCCUGGAUAAAGAUGGGUGCUGCGGAUGUACAUCGGUUGACAAGGCGGUUGGAAUAUGGAGAGCGCGGUCUCUUCUUUUACCAGAACCACCCUAUCCGCUUCGUGAACUUGGUCGGCAUAAUCGUAGCACGCGCCGACGUCCCACGCCGAACCAUUUUAACGCUCGAUGACAGCACCGGCGCGACAGUGGACAUAGUGGUCUUGAAGAGGGAUCCCUGCCCUAUACCUGUCGCAGCUACAGUCGAAUCCAAACCCAAAAACAACACCGAUGUUCAUGGCGAAGACGGCGCUCAAAAGGAGAUGCACCUCACGUCCACAACCCAGACUCCGAUCGACAUAACGCCCCUGCAGCCGGGCAAGCUCUUUCAGAUAAAAGGCACACUGUCGACCUUCCGCUCCACGAACCAGGUUCAGCUGGAACGGUUCUUCCCGGUGCCAGACACAAAGACCGAGAUGCGGUUCGUGGAAGCGCGCAUGAGAUUUCUGGCGGAGGUGCUGACUGUGCCGUGGGCUCUGGAUGAAGGAGAUAUUGAAAAUUUGAGGAUGCAGGCGGAUGAGGAGGGGAGUAGGAUUGAUGAUGAACAGGCAAGACAUAGGAGGAGGGCGCGGAAACGGGCAGAGAGGGAAGAGAGAGAGAGGAGGAGGAUUUUGAAGCUCUGGGAGCAGGAGGAGGUUGUUAGGGAGAGAGAAGGGAAGAUUGCCAGGGAGGCAGGAAGAGAUUAUAUGUUGGAGCUUGAGAGGCGAAAUAGACUAUUGUCUAGUUGA